AUGGGGAUUAAAGUGGACUGUGUCAGGCAAGGACACGGGAGCACCAAUGAUGGAAACACAGCUAGGGGAUUUUUUGAUGACCCUUCUUUGUCUGCGGAAAUUACCGGAAUAUUGCUUGUCAACGGCCAGAAGAUUUAUCCAAUUGUACAAUUGCCAAUAGGUGAGCUAUCCGAGGAAGCUCAAGAAUCAAAAAAUAAAGGUAUUAAAAAAUUUAGAGACCCGUUUACAACUAAAGUAAAUUUAAAAAGGGUAAAUACAGAUCUUUUUAAGAGACUGAUAAUUAGUUCCGAUGCAUAUCUAAGCAGUUUAGCUAUUAGAAGAAAAAAAAUGAAUUUAAAAUCCGAUAUCCGGCCUUUUAUAUUAAUACAUGAAAAUGAUGACGGGAAUUAUGACGAGAAUGAUGAAGAUAAUGAUGACAAGAAUGAUGAAGAAAAUGAUGAUGAGAAUGAUGACGACGAGAAUGAUGAUGAGAAUGUUGACGAGAGUGAUGAUGAUGAGGAAGUUAAAGGAUAAAGCAGGUGAAGAUUAAAGUAAAAAUUGUAAAUUUUCUACAAAAAAUAUAACCGUUAACUGCCAUGUGUAAUACACAUUGUGUAUGAAAAAGUAUACACGCGAGUUGGGUCCUUUGCGCCAUGUGUAUGAUUUUGUAUACACGCACAAUAAAACUAUUUCAG